AUGAACACUGCCGCAACCGUGUCUUCGCGCCCGAAAGCGACCUUGAGAGGCAAGUCGUCCUCAGACUCCCGUGCACUCGACUUCGCGACCCUAGGGCGCGCCCCACUGCGCAUGAGCCUGAAUGGGCGCAGGGUGACGUCGCGUGACCUCCAGAUUGUGGAGGCGACCGAGGAGCUGCUGGACGCGGAGGUCCCGGAUCCGGAGGGCGUCGCCAACGACGUCAGUCUCUUGCGCGGGUUCAACGCGACCAUCCCCAGUGCAGAGAAGAGUCGGUCGCGCAGGAGACAGACGAGGAAUGUGGAGGUCGGCGAGAAGUUGGGUUUGCGGAGGCUGGGCAUGAGUGCGAGGGGUAUGCUGAUGGAUGAGGAGGAGCACGAGAGCAAUCACGAGUCUCAGAGCGUGGCGAGCGAGGAUGAUAUCGUAAUGGUGGGUGGGCGAGGACGGAAGGAAAGGGGCCGAGGGAGGAGAAGAGGUCGGGAGAGCUUAGCUGCGGGUAAGAAACUCGGUGUGGAGGAGCUCAAGCGUCAGUCCGAAGAGAUUAAGCGCGACAAGGAGAACCUCCACGUGAAGCGAACGCUCAUAAAUAAUGAAAUUACGGAGAUCACCCAUAAGAUUGAGGCGUUAGACAAAAUAAGGGAGAAACUCGAGCAGGAUCUCCUGAAACUUCAGGAAGAUGAUCUGGAGCUCGAUGAUGAACUCGAAGGUGUCCGUGAACAGCUCGACUUGGAGCUGAGUGCACGCGGAGCGCCAAGACCCCCUUCGCAGGUCCCUCAUAGCUCGCGGCGACGCAAAGGGCCCUUAUUCUUGCCGUCUGAGCAUGAUGAACUACCUCCUGGGGUAGCAUUCAUGACACCCAUCACAGCUCUUGACUUCUCGGAGCCGUAUGGAACACUAGUGACAGCCUCCCAAGAGGAUAGUCAGCCUCGAGUAUGGGACCUGCUCACUGGUGAGGAGAUAGGGCGGCUACGCGGACACAAUGGUGCUGUUAAAUGCAUACAAGUGGAGGAUAAUGUGUGCCUAACUGGUGGAGAGGACGGUAACGUGAGAUUAUGGGAUCUCAGAAGAGUGGACGAGGAGGAUGACUGGGAAGGCGUGGGUGAGGUUGGGAAUCUGAGUGUUGUGGCUGAAGGGGACGAGAGCCACGAGGAUGACGGCGAACUGGUCGAGAAGCCGAACGGCGUCAAGUCAAUACGAAAUGGUACCCAUGGGAAUGAAGGGGAUAAACCAGGUCCCUGUGUGCGCGUCCUGGAGGGACACAGCAAAGCGGUGUCGACCUUGUACUUCGAAGAUGAUUGUCUGGUCACGGGAGCUUCGGACAAGACGCUUCGGCAAUGGGAUCUGAGUACAGGUCAAUGUGUGAUGACCAUGGACAUCCUUUGGGCGAUCUCGCAUCCUACGUCGUCGACCCCCGGGUCGACGUUGCCUGCGCAUCUCAUCCCUGGGGCCGCGGCCGCAGCUGGUUCUUUUGCUGUACCUACACCUCCAUAUGCCGAUGGUAGUUGGGAAAUGUACCAGGACUUCGUAGGAGCGGUGCAAUUCUGGGGGUAUGCUCUAGUGAGCGGAAGCGGCGACGGGGCCGUCCGGAUGUGGGAUAUGCGUACUGGCCAGACACAUAGAACAUUGCUGGGGCAUACGGGGCCAGUAACUUGCUUGCAAUUCGACGAGCUUCAUAUUGCAAGCGGUAGUCUCGAUAAGAGCAUUCGAAUAUGGGACCUGCGAACAGGCGGUAUCUUCGAAACACUCAAGUACGAUCAUGCUGUCACCUCCCUGCAAUUCGACAGCAGGAAGGUCGUCGCCGCCACGGGCGAAAACGGCAUAAAAAUUUAUAACCGUACCAGUAUGCAACAUUCCACAUUGCUGACGAACGGCCACACUCGCCCAGUGGAGAAACUAAGAUACAUGGACCGCUAUCUUGUGUCUGGCGGUCGGGAUGCCAUGGUGAAGAUCUGGGCUUUAUGA